UAUAUUUGUGUAACAAUUCCCCCUCAAGUCCAAGUAUGGGCUGGAGAGAAAUUGAGCCCGUUUUGGGGUAUUUACACCCACCAGCGUACGAUAGCCUCGCUCCUCAUUCCUACAUUCCUCUUCGUUGCCCUAUCUUCCUUUUUCUCCCAAACAAACAUUACAAAUUCCCAAUUUACCCUCAAAACUCGAUUUCUUCAGAUCCGGAAACUAUUCGUUUCCUUCUCUAAGAAUCGCCGCUGCUUUUCAGAUUUGCAUUCGAUUCGCUUGAACGAUACAGGAUUUCUUCUUUUUGUUCUUCUCUGAGGCAUCAAGAAUCAGGUCAGCUGAUCUUAGCAGCUAUGCGGGGAUAUGAAGGAGAUGUAAGCGAAUAUGACGAGUAUUUGGAUGAGUAUGAGGAUGAAGGUGUAGAUCAAGAAGAUGAAGAGGCUGGUGAAGAGGAACAUGAGGAUGAAGAGCCUCAACCGCCUUCAGAAGAGUUGUUAGAGUACCUGGAGCUGAGGCAACGGUUAAAAGAGGAUAUCAGGAAGCAGAGGAAGAAAGAACUAGGCGGUGGUUCUCGCGAAAUUAAAAAGAAUGUGUCAUCCAGGGAUAAUUUUGGUUCCUUCUUUGGACCUUCACAGCCUGUUAUCUCUCAAAGAGUAAUCCAAGAAAGCAAGUCGCUAUUGGAGAAUCCAAAUCUGGCAGCUAAAGUCAUGAAAUCUAGUCAUUCGCAGCAGAGCAAUAAGAGGGCUGCUUCAAAACCUGCAGGAUCAAAACCUUCCACCAGCAGCCAUGCACCAAAAGUCACAAAUGGGUUAAAAAGAAAGAUCGAUAUGGUAAAAAAUACGAGGGACUAUUCAUUUCUAUUAUCUGAUGAUGCUGAACUUCCUGGUCCAUCAAGAGGUUCUUUAACUCAGAAAGUGUCUGCCCCUAAUUGCGAUGCACGAUUAGUUCAACGUCCAAGCGGCAAGCAGACUUCAAGUAAUUCUGGGAGAAAGCUUCUAGAUGAUGGUGAAGUGAAAAGAAGCAGCCAAAUGCAACCUAAAGCGGUGAUUCAGAGAUCGAUGUCUGUUAAUAAACCGACUCAACCGCCAUUAGACUCUAGAAAACAGUUCGGUAGCAGUAAUGGAAGUGGACCUGGGCGGCCUUUGGGUCCAAAAGGGGUGCCCCCCAAGGUUUCAGGGAAUCCAAAUGAUAAGAAAUUUUUGACACCAGGCGCCAAGAGUACUGUGCCUGCUUCCCAUAGGCCAACCCCUUCAAGGGUGCAACCGGCUGCACCAAGGCAAUCUUCGGUACAGAAUAGGAUACCAUUGGAAUCUGGAAAGUCAAAAGUGAUGUCAAAACAAGGUGUGCCUGUCUCCAAAACUCAGGUGGCGAUUCAGAAACAGCCAGCCUCCUCGUCUAGACCUCAGAUAAAACCACCACCUCCUAGAAAUGGAGCUCGUCCCUUGGACGAUAGGCGCCCAACACUUCAGCUAAGAGACGGCAGGCGCCCAGCAACUCAGCAAAGCGACGACAGGCGACCAGCUCUUCAGCAAAGGGAUGACAGGCGCCCAGCACCUCAGCAAAGAGAUGAUAGGCGCCCAGCACUCCAGCAAAGAGAUGAUAGGCGCGCAGCACUUCAGCGAAAAGAGGAGAGGCGCCCCACACUUCAGCAAAGAGAUGACAGGCGCCCGCCAGUUCAUCGGAAAGAUGAUAGGCGCCCAGCAAGAAAACCAAUGUAUGAUGAAGAAGAUGAUGGAGUAGAAGCCAUUAGUAUGAUCAGGAAGAUGUUUGGGUAUAAUCCUAACAGGUACCAUGAUGACGAUGAUGAUAGUGACAUGGAGGCUAAUUUCGAUGAUAUAUUGAAGGAAGAAAGGCGGAGUGCGAAAAUAGCAAGGCAAGAGGAUGAAGAAGAGCUUCGGAAGAUAGAAGAAGAAGAAAGGCGGGAGCGACUGAGAAAACAGGCAAAGAAGCGCAAGUUGAGCCAUCAAUGACUAAGAUAAAUUGUUUUUUUUACUUUGUUGAUGAGCACCCUUUAGAAAGGUGUUGUAGCUUUUUUAUUUUUUAUCUGGUUAUAGGGGAGGAUAAUGAUGGGUUGAGGUGGAAUUGUACAGUCUCCGCUUAAUUUUUGAAUUGAUGUUGUAUCUAUGGGUUUAUUUUA